AUGGAAUCAAAAUAUGCCAUGAAAUUGCAAGAUUGUAUUCCCAUCAUUACAAAGCCCAAUCCGGAAAAUAACCAUAAUCUUCCAUCAAACUCCAAGAAUGAAUGUUCUUUAAUAGGAAUAAAGUGGAAGCCGUUCCCAAAGCUUAGAAAGGUGGAUCGGAGAUAUGGGAAGAGGCCUCUUCCUUCCGAUGCAUCGGAGGAGAAAAAGGAAGAGGACAUCUUCUCCGCCUACUCCUCCGCUCGUUCUGAACAAGAUAUAUCGGCCAUGGUGUCUUCCCUAGCCCAUGUCAUCGGCCCCGCUGAUGAAAAGUCAGCCCAGGUGCAAGCAAACCCACUAAAAGUGCCGGAAUCCGGCAUGAGAGAGCUGGACCCUUCUCAACCACCUACUCAGGAUCAAGGGAACUCGAGGAGAAGACAUUACAGAGGAGUAAGGCAGAGACCAUGGGGAAAGUGGGCAGCGGAGAUACGUGACCCAAAGAAGGCAGCUCGAGUGUGGCUCGGUACUUUUGACACGGCCGAGAGUGCAGCCAUCGCUUAUGACGAGGCAGCACUCAAGUUUAAAGGAACCAAAGCCAAGCUUAAUUUUCCUGAGCGAGUGCAAGGCAGGACUGGGUUGGGCUGCGUACUAGGCCGCCAUGACUCUAGCCAUGCUGCUGCUCUUCCUAACCAGGUCCUUGUUCCUUCUGCUCCUGCUCCUGCUCCUUCUCUGUCACAGGAAAUGUACCCAGACCUCCUUCAGUACGCCCAACUUCUUUGUAGUAGGGACGAAGAUCUACCAUUCAUUGCCUCGAAUCUAUACAAUCCGGAAUCCCUUGUUUUGCCGUCUUAUUCUUGGACAACGUCUUGGUCGUCGUUGUCGUCAACUUCGGUGCUUUCUCAACAACAACAGCAAGAUCUUCUGAGCUUUUCAUCGCACUUCGGAAGCUCUUCUUCUAGUUCUGAGCUUCCUGAUCAGCGGAGGGAAUCAAACAGCAGAGACCCAAUAGAUUAGCGAGUGAGAUGUAAGGAAUUUGGUUUAUGCUCAUUCAGUAUUAUUGUACGGGAUUCUUGUUAAACAUCUUCCUUGGAGGAUUAAUUCCAUUCUUCGUCUUAAGUUAUUGUGUUUUUUUUUGGUC